AAAAGAAACUCAAUACUAUUGACAAAUAUUGUAUUGAAUUUUUGUUUUCUUUUCAUAUAUACAAAUAAUAAUUUAAAUCAAAUGGCCGUUGUUUUAUUCAUAAUCACCAUACCGACAGAAACGGAGGAGUUGCUGCUGCAAAGUGAAUUUCGCAAAAAGAAACCUGAUAUCGGUGCUAACUAUGGACGAGAAGAUAAACUGCUUUCCACACCUGUCACAACGGCAACAACAACUGCAACUUUAUCAAAUUUAUCCAAUGCUACGACUACCACCGCUGCAGUUACCAUUAACAUUACCGAUGCUAAUGAAAUCGAUAUUGUUAGCCUUGGCGCUAAAAUGGAUAACCCACUGACCACACAGACACUGGAUCAGCAGCAAUACAGCACUUUCCCGAAACGACGAAGAUCAGAAGGCAAUAAAUUCUUAUUUGGCGAUGCUGGACAGUUGCUUAAGAAUUCAAUCUUCAGGGAUAGCAGCACAGGCAGUGCGUCAGAUAGUGCGAAAGACAUUGAUGUGGAGAUUGUGGACGGGCCACCAUUUAUACGGAAAUCUUGGGAAGGUUUACGUGAUAUUCUUUCAUCUUCAAGCCGUAAAAGGAAAAGAGAUUCAUCGCAACUAAAUAUACCAAAUGACUCUUGUAUGGAGACGGUAUUACGUGAAAUUUUAAAAAGAUCUCAAAUAUUCAACGCAGUUUGGACGAAAGACACUGAUGGACGUAUGCAUCAGGUAAUAUUUACAGUUGAGUUUAAUGAGAACUAUGAAAAUUUAUUGGACAAACUUCACGAGUGGGGCAUCGGAGAUCGCGUUGGAUCGAGCGUAUCUGUGAUGAAUUGUUUAGUCUCAAAAACAUUUCGACGCGAGGCCGAACUCGAUUUACCACAAGAAAAUGACGAUGUCAAUUUGAACGAGCAAAAGCAAAGCGUUUGGAAUCGUUUUAUGAAUUCGGUGAGAAGCCGGUUGAAUGUGGCGCAAAUUGUGCGAGAUGUAAGACAAGAUGCGGCUAUAACAUUCGAUUUUGUCAUAUUGUUAAUAUCUGCCACCAUUUUGGCAGCAAUUGGUUUAGCCGAAGAUAGCACGAUCUUUCUUGCAGCCAGUAUGCUUGUUUCGCCUUUGAUGGGUCCGAUUAUAGCUGCUAUUUUCGGCACCGCUAUCAAAGAUCCGACGCUACGUACGUUGGGCUUACGAAAUGAGCUAAUUGGUAUAUUAAUAGCAACAAUUAUCGGGUUCAUUUUUGGCUUAGUAAUCUGCUCGAUCGAUGAGCGUUACGGCAAUGGCGAAGGACUAACGGCUGAGAUGUUGUCACGCAGUGAAUUACACUCUUUGCUGGUUGGUUUAUUCACAGCAAUACCUUCCGGUGCUGCAGCUGCGGUCGCAAUUUUAGGCGGUAAUAUUGGUUCUUUGGUUGGUGUGGCGAUAUCGGCAUCACUCCUACCACCAGCCAUCAAUGCUGGCGUCCUUUGGGCUUUAGCACUAAUUUACACACUUUUCGAAACGGAUGAUUCAAGAUUUAACAUUGUUGUUAAGUCGCAUUCGUUUUCCAACAAUCAAGCCACCGAAUUGGUAAUGUUGGGUGCCAUAAGUAUGCUAGUAACAAUUUCAAAUAUAAUAUGUGUCUACAUUAUGGGCGUAUUGGUACUGAAAGUUAAGGAGAUUGCGCCCGCAAUUUCCAGAAAUCAUCGAGAGUUUUGGAAACACGACAUAAAAAUCGCACGAGGCCUUCCCAAGAAUGGUAUCGACACCAAUGCUCUAAUCGAUGAAUUUGCCAACCUUCCGCGAGAGGAUCAAAAAACUUUGGGUAUAGAUUAUGAUCUAUUACGAACGCUACGUUUAGAUGAUGCUUCGUAUCAAAACACUUGGUCGCCCAUUUCGAAUAGACAAUUAUUCGAUCGUUCUGCGUUAAAUGUUAUUAGGGAUAACUACUCUACUGUUCAUCAAAUAGAACGUUUAUACUCGACUAUGAACCAACAGCAAACGCUGCAAUAUGGAAGAAACCGUUGUAGUUUAAAUCGUCAUCCAACAGCGCGAGCUAGCGAUUAUGGAAAUACCUAUGAAAUAUUAGCAGCCAGUGUAUUACCACGAUGCGCAACAAUGCCCACGCAAACUAAUUGUCCUAGCAUUAAUGUUUUAAAUGCGGUAGGAGAGGCAGACUCUUCUACAGCUAAUCCAUCUACGCAAUCUUCGAUGACAAAUACUCCGACAGCAACAUUGGACGAACGUAAACGACGCAAAUUUAUCGUAACACCCGCUGAAGAUCCAAUAAGGAUUUCCAUUAAUUAUGACGAAAUGGAUGCUUAGAGGAUUCGAUAAAUAAUAUUUA